AAGCUCUGUUUUAUUUUUCUCAGGGACAGAUGCCAGUUGUGGCGAUGCUGGUUCAGUGUAAAUGUGUUCAUGAAGCUUUAGGAUUUGUAACACAAAAGGGAAGCAGGAGCAAUAUUUGAUAAGAAUACUCAGACCUUUUUAUUCUAAUAUAAAUUAAUAUAUGCAUCAGCCUGAGAGGACGAGAGAGAGAGACGGUGACAUAGAGAGAAACUGGGAUCUGAACAAGGAAUUGAGAAGCAAUCAAAACUGUACUAAAACAUUCUGAGGGCUGCACGACCGGAGAGUGGUGAAGGACACUUGAUUCAAUGUUGCCGGAAUAGCUGUGGGAUUUGCUUUCUCUCUUUCUUUUUUCUGUGUCUCUUUUCUUGGCACUUCUCAAUGAAUCCUCAGGAGCUGUUCAUCACGGAGCAGGCUGGAUAAGGGAACUAAUAGGCAAAAAAAUAUAAAAAUAUUAGCAUGGCAAAAAAUGUUUACAACUGAGGUAAUCCUUGGAGUUUUCUACUGAUAUUGCUACUUGUCAGCCUCUUUUCUUCACGUGUACUCCCAGUGGUCAAAAUUGGGAGAAUCCCUCAGUCAUUAGUUUCCGGUUUAUAAAUGACUGGGAUUAUUACUUCAGAGUUUUCCAACUGUACAUCAAUUCUUGUGGCAAUUUGUAUUUUUGUCUCUUCUGAAACUUUCCUCUUAAGGUUUUAAUCAUCUCUGAUGGAUACAACAGGAUUUCUUUCACUCCGACUCAUUUCAUGCUUUCUUUUCAACUUUCUUGGCACAAUUUCUGAGCUCAAGGAGAUCAAAUGGGUUUUCAAAAUUUAGAUUUACCAGAAAACGAAAAAAGAAAAAAAGUCCAAGACUUACCGGGUAUAAAAAAUCUAGGCACAUUUUACCCAGUUACGGAAUAAAGGCAUCCAACAUAUUGUGAAGAACUUUGGAACUUUGUGAAAUUUAGUUUGGAUGGGUUAGAGAACAUCAUCCCUGUCAAAAAUGGCAGCUUUAGCGAGCUCCUUGAUUCGCCAGAAACGUGAGGUUAAAGAAGCUCAAACCACCCGCCCCAUCUCGACCAAACGGAAAGCGUGCCCGCGUACCAACAAAUCACUGUGCCAGAAGCAGAUCCUGAUCCUCAUCUCCAAGGUCCGCCUGUGUGGUGGGAGAAGAGGGAGACUCGAGAAACGGCCAGAACCCCAGCUAAAAGGCAUCGUCAGUCGCUUAUACUGCAGACCAGGAUUUUACCUCCAGAUGCACCCUGAUGGGACAUUGGAUGGCACAAAGGACGAAGGCAGUUCGUCUUCUCUUUUUAACCUGAUACCUGUGGGACUGAGAGUGGUGGCCAUUCAAGGUACAAAGACGGGCCUCUAUAUUGCCAUGAACUGUGAUGGAUACCUCUACACAUCAGAGCAUUUCACACCCGAGUGCAAGUUCAAGGAAUGUGUCUUUGAGAACUAUUAUGUCACCUACUCCUCCGUUCUAUACCGGCAAAGAGAGUCGGGCCGAGCUUGGUACAUCGGCAUCAACCGGGAUGGACAAGUCAUGAAGGGCAACCGUGUCAAGAAAACAAAGGCUGCUGCUCACUUCCUCCCUAAGCUCAUUGAAGUGGCUAUGUAUCGAGAGCCCUCUCUUCAUGAUGUGGCCGGACAGAGCCCACCUCGCAAGACAGCAAAGACAUCAGACUCUCCAGCCAUACAGAAUGGACCCAAAGAACCCCCCAAAUGUGAAGCAUCAUAGCCCAGGCUUUCUUCUCAUAAAGUCAGGCACCUGAGGAGACGUUUAGUGAUGGGCCUUCAUCUACAAAGUGAUAAGGUGCAACAUGGACAAAACACCACUGGGAUUUUUAACUUUGCUUUGACCUAGUUGUAUUGGAGGUGUCUCUUUACCAGUACAGCAAUAUCUUAUGGAAAUGAUUCCAAAUGGGAGUUUGAAUGAGUUCCUGAAAUCCUCUAUUUUUUUUAUCUCCAAUUUCCUGGGAACCUUAACGUUUGCAUGUUGUAGAUGUAUGGGAACAUUGCCAGAUUCCAUGUGAAAUAAAUGCAUCCCUCAAACUUGGAUUCCCAUCCACAAGGCAGCUUAUCUCCCAGUUUGGAGGCUCCCUGAAUAUCCUAUGCACGGCAACAUAAAUCAGACAAUUUAUUCAUUUAUUUCCUGUUUUGUAAGGCACCCCGGCAGCAUUUUCUGAUUAGUAAACACAGACCUUGAGCCAUGCAAAAACGUGAUGCUGGACAUUGACAUCUGUUUGGCAAACAAGCCUUGGCACAAUGUUUUCUUUUGCAUCAAUCAACAGGAAGGAAAAGCAACAUUUUGAAUAAUGCCUGAUUUGUUUUAAACUGGGGCCUUUGUGGUGCCUGGGGCAGACACAUUUUGAAAACCAUUUAAAAUGAUCAGAUCGAAGGCCAGGGUUUAAUUUGCGGUUAUUCUGACUUUGGAAAGGCCUUCACAGACUACACAUAGUGAGUGUAAAUUAGUGUGUCGCACCGAGGAUAAAGCUGUCAGGUUAUACAGUAUAUGACAAUUUGGGGUCAUUAUGAAGCUUUUUGAAUAUGUGGGUGCAAGAUGGAGAAAGGGCAGAGGCACAGAGGAGAUUUAAGUGCUAGGUAUUUACAAUUUGGAUCAGAAUGACCAUUUGAGGUACUUCGCUCAUGUCUGUUUUUCCAAGCUGUGUGCAGUGUUCCUUUUAUUUGUGCAUCAUGAAGAAGUCCACGUUUAUAGCGGAGGUAGGUUGGGAUUUGAUAGUUACAUUAUGUUUGGUUUUAAUGACACUUCAGACUUCAUAGCACCACACGGUUAUAGAUGAAUAGAGACUUCAUUUGCAUUUCAGCAGUUUCUUUGGGGGCAGCAUACUUCGAUUUGUCAGCGGUUUUCCAACCACUGCAUACUUUGUUUAUGAUACUGCAAUAAUCAAAGAAAUUGUCUUCCACCCUGUGUGGGUCACUGUAAUGAUGCUGAGGCGCUAGCCAACAGCGAAUAGAAGGGCUUAGUUCUCAGAUUUGCUAAAUCUACCGUAAUAUAACUGUUGUUAAUAUACAUUGUAAAAUAAGGAAAGCUUUAAAUAAAUGGUUGAGAGAAAAUAUUACUUUUAUUGUGAAGAAAUGAAACAAUUAGACAUGGAAAUAUCUAUCCAGCUGGUGCUGGUACUGGCCAGUGCUGUAACUAGAAAAAUCAAACACAUUGUACAUUCAUAAAGUGACUUAAUUGAAUUCAGAGUUGUGUGGAUGCCUGUGUAGCUCUGAGCACAAGGGAGAUUUCUAAAAUAUGAAGUGCAAUAUAAAUAAAAUGUAUUAUUAUUAUUAUUAUUAUUAUUAUUAUUAUUAUUAUUAUUAUUAAGGGAGGAAACAGCCCUGGACAGGACAUCAGUCCAUCCCUGGGCUGACUGAUGCACAUUUGAAUUCACAAAGGGGCCGAUUUUGGAUUGCCAGUUAACUUAACCUGCACCUCUAAACCUCCAAAACUAGAGAGUGCCUGUGUAGACAGUUCAUGAAGUCCAGGGAGGACAUUUGAACUCCACACAGAGAUCAACUGGUGGUGGGAUUCACACCUGGGAUGUUGAACACAGGAAGCAGCAGCUCUUACCACCGCACUAAUGUGCCACCCAGCUGUGCAACAUCUGCUUGGUGUUUUUGAGA